GGCAGCAUCGGACGCACGCAGAAUGAAAUAAAUAACCAGCUCCUGUUGGGGAGAUGGGUAUAUUUAUUUAUAUAUGUGUUUGCGGUGAGAAGAAGCAGGGGGGAAAAAAAUCCCCACAUAGAAGCGAAAACAAGCAGGCUGGAAGAGUGCGUGACACAGACGGAAGUUUGACCGGAUUCAGCCGCGGGUAGAGGAGAGGGAACGCCGCGCCGCUGAUCCAGGGCGUUGAUGUUUGGACAUACGGCCAACCGAGAGGCACCAUCCAGCAGUGAGACGACUGGUGGAAGGAAUUCAAGCGAAGAGGAAGUCAGAAAUCCAGCUGGAGUUGGCCUCAGCGCCACAUUUAUGAACAUUUCAGUUUCCCUUUGUUCUUCUGGCCACCUAGGAGAGCCGGUGCAAGAUUAAAUACACACCCCGUCCACCGUGGAUCAUUGGAGCGCCGCUUAAAUCUGCCCCCUCCCUCCUGCUCCCAUGGACUGUAUGGCAGAGUAAAUUUUCCAAAGUAAUUUCCUUAUCUCUGCUCUGAGGAAGUGUUCCGAUAAACUCAGAGCAGUUCAUGUUUUCCCAAGGGGACUGAAACGAAGGGAACCUGCCUGGAACGGGUUCUCUCAGCAACUUUAGGAACUUUAAGGGCAAACUCUGGCCGCGGCGCACGGGAUGGGGAACAAAAACGCUGUUCCACCCAGAGGUUCUGGAGGCGGGGUCACUGGGAAAGACGACGCAGCGUUGGUCAGCAGCGCUACAGGAGGCGUCGCCGCAGAUGAAGCUCAGAGCCCCAGUCUGGAGCUGCUGGCCUCCCUGCAGGCCCUGGGAGAAAGUGACGACUACACUCUGCUGCCGCAAUCCCUGCACCAGAUUGCAGAGACCUACUCACUGAGGCAGGACCACCAGUGGGCCGUUCAGUUCCUACGGUUGGAGAAACUCUACCAUGAACGCCUGCUCUCUAAUCUCACAACCCUGCAGGAGAAAUGGGAGAGUGAGUUUAAUGAGGAGGAGGACGGUGAGAGCCGGGUGCCUCCGGAAGAGGACAGCGUCAGCCGGAAACACAUUGAGAAGCUGAGCCACAUCUGCAGGACACACCACCGACCGUCCUUCAGCCCGGACCAGAAAAACCUGAACGCAGCGUUUAUAGACACUCAGAUUGGGACGGAAACUCUGCAGUCUCAUCAUGGCAAAGCCAACAAGCCUGAGAACACCCAGAGCAUGAUCUCCCAGUCAGACUUUUCCUCACUACAGAGGGAGGAAGAGGAAGAGCGGCAGGACGAAGGGGAAGAGGCCCUCAAGGAAGGGCAGGAAGUGGAAGCAGAGGAGCAGGAAGUGGAAGCAGAGGAGCAUGCGGCGCACGGCGAGGACACACCGGAGGAAGAGGAGGUGAAGGUGGAGUGGCCGGCCGGAGUAGCGCAGGCGUCGGACAAAGACCUGGCCAAACUCUCCAUCGCUGAAGGCAGCUCCUCCCCGGACGGCCUGGUGUCCAUCCUGAAGAGGAGGCGAGCCUCGCUGGACGGACUUCCUCCCCCGAGCCCCGCCACCACCGCCGACAAACAGACGUCCAAACGCAAAGUUCGCUUCAGCGAACCAGAGGACGGCGUAGACCAAGAUGACGUCGGAGGAGACUCCUGUCUCAUCCUGCUGCUGCUGUGUCUGGUCACCGUGGUGAUCAGCAUAGGCGGGACUGCGUUCUACUGCACUCUGGUGGACACUUACUCCAACAUCUGCACCGACUUCGCUCAGAACGUCGACUUCUACGUCACGAACGCGCGGGGUUUCCUGGAAGGCCUCGGACAGUGGCUCCCCCUGCAGACUUAGGGCCAGCCGGGAUUCAAGGCUCUCUGGGCGUGAUGGAAAAGACUUCUGGUUGCCGGCGGCGACAGGAAAACCUGGCUGGACCUCCGGAAACAGCGUCAACCCCCGCUGCUGCUGUUUUGCAGAGUCUGAAUCUCACUGUUUACUGGACAUGUACGUACACAGUGCCUUGUAGAAGUAUUCACAACCGUGAACUUUUCCAGGCUUUUAUUGUGUUAUAGCUGCUAGCUUCAGAGACGUUUAAUGUUAAUGUGACGAACUUCAGCAUAGUGAAUAAUUGUAAGGUAGAAGAAAAAUGAAACAUUAUUUGUAAAAGUAUGUCUAUCUAGUUUGUAGUGCAAAUAUCUUUAUACACUUAAAAUAAGACAAAAAUAACUUACAAGUAACUUUUCACCAAGACAUAAAAAUGUGUUUUGAGUCAAUAAAUCCUUAAUAUUGAUUAGAAAUUAGUUUCAAUGGCAGAAUAUUUUACUUAAAGCAUGGGAAAAAUGUCUUGUUAUAAGUGAAGUAAUCUGCCAACAGUUUUUUUUUCAGUCAAUAUUAAGGAAUUAUUGACUGAAAAGUUACUUGUAGAAGCUUUUUUUCUCUUCUUAAGUGUUCUAAGAUAUUUGCACCAGAAACUAUAAAAAAAAAAAUACUUGGUAAGAUUUUGUGUUUUUGUUGUGUUCAAGUCAUUUGGCAAGGAAUUUUGCUUACGUCUGAUGGUACCUGUGACUUUUUGUCACUCUCCACGUCGAUCCCAAACUGUAACCUGACAUCAGAUAAGUCUGAGGCAACAGAGGAGUAGAAGUGAGAAACACUGCCACCUGCAGGUUGGAGUUAGCAUCGCUUAAAUCUGAUGUUUUUGACCAUUUUUGCAGAAAAUUUGCCAAAAACUCAAAAUUACGAGUUAGCACAAAGAAGUGUGGGAGAAUUUGUUGAUUUUUCGUAAAAUCACAAACUCUGCUUUGAUUUGAUUGAUAAAAUAAUCUUGAACAACUGCUAUCUUGAAGCUUCUAUUCUUCUGUUCCUCUGGAGUUCAGAGGGCCACAUAUAAAGCUACAGCGGGCCGGAUUUGGCCCCUGAGCCUUGAGUGUGACUCCUGUGGUUUAUGUCAUUUUCCUGCUGGAAGGUGACCUUCCACUGCAAGUCUUUUCCAGCCUCUAACAGAUGGCAAGAUUUCCCUCCGUCCAUCUUGCUUAAAAUAAAUCACUCCCUUAGCAUGAUACCGCCGCCACCACGUUGUGGCAUGUGGUUGGCGUGUUCAUGGAGAUGUGCAAUGUUAGUUCUUCUUAGAUUAAUUUCGACUUCAUCUCAUCAGACCAUGUUUUCCCACGUCUUUCUUCUUGUCACUAGAAACAAAAGACAGACCAAAUUCUGCUGAAUCCAAAUGCACGCUGCACUCUUCAUUUGUAUUUUUUUCUUGUUAAAAAAACCGUUUGUAAACAUUUGUAAAAAAAAAAAAAAAUUUCUUCCACUUAACAAUCGCAUACCGAUGUGUAGGCCUGUCACGUACGUAACUAACAAAAUGCGUUGAGAUUCGUUGUUCUGGGACAAAAUGCUGGGAAAGUUUCACGGUUAGCUUUUGCGAGGCACUGGAACUUGAAUCGGUGCGCCAUCUGUCCAAACCGACCACUUCACCUCAGAAGAGAAACAUUUUAAUGCACCGGUGUUGUAAAUAUUCCGCAACCAGGUUACGGACGGCCUCAGCUGUAUGUACAUGACAGCAGAAGUCUUGUCUUUUCACCACAUACUUGCAGUAACUGUGUGACUUUAGCUUUAAAUGUUUUCUCAGAGAAGCUGCUUUGACGAUUUCUCAGUCAUUUUUAAAGGUUUAUUAUUUCUCCCACCAGAUUUGCUCGCUUUUGUGUAAUUUUGAUUUUUUUGCCUGCCUCUCUCUCUGGAUCAUUUCCACCUUUUCUAAAUGAGAAAAGAAAGGAAAGCUGCAGAUUCUGUUCUUUUGGAUCAACUCUGACAGCAGCUACAGUUUUCUAAAAAACUUCAGAACUCCACGCUUCCCUCAUCAAAGGCGUUUAGUUCUGACUUUACUCCUAAAAUCACAAUCUGCCCAGUUUAUUUUGCUAUAGGUAUAGAAAAUACAGUACAAAAUUAUUCACCCCUUUAAAUUUUUCCACAUUUCAUUUCUUUUUUCCCCCCAUUCUUCUUUGCAAAAUUGCUCAACUCAGUCAGCCUGGAAAGAAUAUGUAAUGUUGGUUUUCACUUUGACUAGGUCAUCCUAACGUAUGAAGCUUUUACCUUGUAAUCAACUCUGAUGCUGAAGAAAACAAAACAUUCCCCCAGCAUGAUGCUGCCUCUACCAUGUCUCACAGUGGGAGUGGCUCUUAUUUUCAAAAACCAUGCAUAUUUAUCUUUUCACUUCAUAAAAAUGCACUGCUGAGUGUUCGUCGUACAGAAUCCCCGACAGCACACUGAGGUUUGGGUUUGCAGAGACGCUGCCUUCGCCACUGGUGGCCUGCACCAAUCAGACGUGGAGAUUCUGUGUUAUUAUUUCAUGUUUUCAUGUUCAUCAUGCAGCUAGGCCUGCAGCAGCAGUAAUGAUCACAUAUGAAACAAGAACCUAACUUGGCACAGACGUUCCUGUGGGGUUUGCUUUUCUUGAAAGAAAAAAAAAUAAUAAAGUUAGCCACUGAGAAAGUCUACAUGGCAGCCAUUUUUAAGAUGGUCACCAGGGUUGUAAGUACUAUAAAAUGGUCAAAAAUGGCGGCCAUCUUGUUAAUGACCGUCAUCCUGAAAUUCACGUGACUAACGGGAAAUAUGAGAAACACGCCACCUUGAGGGGUGAGCAUAUAACUUUCUAAUCUUGAUUCCAAACUUGCAAAGAUUUUUUUUAUAGCAAUAUGCUACACUACUGUCAGAUAACUUGACAGACAUGCAUUUCAUUAAAAUGAAUUCAACCUUGACUUCUGCGCUUACAAAAUUCAGAUUUGUGUAAAGUAAGAUACUUGAUUUUUGUGUUGUUCUUGUAUAUUUCUGUCUGAUCAUGUCCGUUAUGAUAUAGUAUGGACACUGGGUUUUCAUCUCGUUUUUUUUAAAUAGUGUUUUUAUAAAAAAAUGUCCUGGUUUAAGACAGCACAUCACUUUAAAUGUAAAGCAUUAAAACAAAUAUGUGUUUAGUA